AUGGCCCGACAAGCGGGUGAUGGGGCGGCCCGUAAGGCGUGUAGACCCUGUGCGACCGCCAAGGUGCGUUGUACCUGGUCGCGCAGCGAAGCGGCAGCACCGCGCACAAAGACGCCAAUUUGCGAUCGAUGUCUGCGGUUAGAAAAAUCCUGCACCGCUCAGGUGUCUUCAGCAAAAGCUGCGCCAGUACCCCGAACGCGAUUUGGUCAACUUGAGCAAAAAGUUGAAGAUCUCUUCCAGAGUCUACAACAAAGCCAAGAUACAUCUCGCAAGCAGUUGCCUGCUGUCAACACUCCCGCACAAUCUACAGCCAAAUUUAUGCAAUCCCCAGUCAGCACGUUCAAAAAGACGGAAGUCAACGAAAGGGAUGGCGUUCUGCCUGCACCUCACUUGCUCAUAUCUACCGAGGUACAGGCGCCAGAUAAUGCCCUCUGGCCGUCAGACGACCAGGCAAAUGCAUUGCUUACUAUCUAUACGAGCAUCAUUGGUGAUUUAUUCCCUUUUGUCGCAUCCCCUGAUCUGCCGGCGGCCGAGUUCCGGAGUACUCGCCCGUUUCUCUUCAAGGCCAUGGUCAUGGCCGCUUCGUACCACAAUAGAGAACUGCAAAAGCGUCGAGCCAGAGACUUUACCAUUUCCUUAACCAACUGCAUGCUGCUGGAGGGUUACAAGUCGUUUGAUGCCCUGCAGGGUCUCCUCGUGCAUAUUUCGUGGUACCAAUGCCAUGUGAAGCGCAACUCGCAAUUGACAAACUUGCUGCAGCUUGCGAUUGCUGCGCUGGCUGAUCUGGAGUUGAACAAGCCCGUGCAUGCUAAUGACAGACGGAAACUCGUCUAUGACGUUACUCGAUCCAGUUAUGGAUUUACUAGCGAGACGCGCGAGCUUACAAACGACGAGAGACGCGCCUUGCUGGGCUGCUACUACCUGUCUUCAACCGCAUCCACAGUCUACCGCAAGAUUGAUGCAUUGCGAUUUAGUCAGCACAUGGAGGACGCGCUCGAGCAUCUACUAGCCUCUCAAGAGAGAGAAUCGGAUGUCCUUCUCUACUACCUCGUACGGCUGCAGCAGAUUGUCCAAAAUAUUACCCAGGCUGUUCCAUAUGACGAACCGCAUGCGCCACACACUUGUGGCGCGCCUUUGGUAAUGCACAUCAAGAUGCUAGACAAGAGCCUGUCGGAUUUCCAGAGCUCAUUACCUGCGUCGUUGCGACAUCAUGGGCAUUUAUUGAUGCACUUAUCAACAGCGCGUAUCUUUCUAUACGAAGUUAGUCUGUAUGAUGCGCCAUGGCAAGGCACAUUGCCUCAUCAGCGCCUGGAUGGCUUGUGGUCGUGCGUGGAAGCGAUGCACUCUUUCUUCAAAAUCUUCUGCGCCAUGCCAAACGAAUCAUACAUUACCAUUCCGUACGCGCUAUGGGGUCAACUGUCCCAUGCCCUGCUCACAUCGUCUCGAGUAUGCCUCGUGAACAUUGUUGGGUGGGACAAAAGCAUGAUGGACAGCGACAAAAAGUUCCUUCCAAUUUUAGAUACCGUGAUGAACAAAUUGGACGCGUCCCAGAAAUACGCCAAAAUGGCCUGGCUCGGAGAAGCAGACGAUGCGAUACUCGAGCGCAUCAUUUCCAAGUUUGGCUGGAUGCGAAAAUGGUUCGAGGAGCACGCCGGAGGGCAGAGCACGACAGGCCAUGAAACGGCGCCUGCGGAUGCAAAUAUUAUAAAACAUGGCAUGCAAGAAAUACAGGAAAGCAUACUCAUGGACAGUCGAUUCUGGGAAGAAAUUAUGGCCGAGUACCAAAUUUUGCCGGAGACUUUUAUGGCCAAUUCAAUCCCAGAGCCUGUACUCUACUAA